AGAACAUAUUUAAGAUUUUUAUUCUUUAUUUUUUUUUAAAAAGGAACUAAACUACCCGGAACUCUACAAGAAAGAAAAGAACCAGCCUCAAAACUUUUUUAUUUUCUUUAAGGUUUGGUUCUUUCUAAAGAACCUACCCGGAACAAAGAACUCUUUUCGAAGACCGUUUAUUUAUAUUUUUUAAGAAACGUUUGUGUUUUAUUAGUGCCGCGUUGAACCUAUAUGUUGUUGGAUCUAACGUUGCUGGCUCGCGGUUCUACUAUGGUCAUAAUGGAGGUUCCCACCAUCGACUGCGCGUCCCUCCGGGCUCUGCUGGAGCUCAACGUCCCGGGCUGCCUGGUGCUGGACUGCCGCUCCUUCCUCUCCUUCAACGCCUCUCACAUCCCCGGCUCGACCAACGUGCGUUUUAGCACCAUAGUCCGGCGCAGAGCCAGAGGCGGGCUGGGACUGGAGCACAUUGUCCCUAACGAGGACACCAGGAACCGGCUCCUGUCCGGGGAGUACCAGUCCGUGGUGCUGCUGGACGAGCGGAGCGCGGAGCUGAGCCAGGCCAAGAAGGACGGGACGCUGCUGCUGGCCGUCAGCGCGCUGCGCCGCAGCCCCUGUGGGGUCCGCAUGUUUAUCCUCCAAGGUGGCUUUGACAGUUUUUCCUCUGAGUACCCAGAGAUGUGCACCAAAGCCUCCCCCCCACAAGGCCUGAGUUUGUCCCUGAGCGCCAGAAACCCAGAGAGCGCAGACCCAAACUGCAGCCCAUGCAACACACCUCUUUAUGAUCAGGGAGGUCCUGUGGAGAUCCUGCCAUUCCUGUAUCUUGGCAGCGCUUACCACGCUUCCAGAAAAGACAUGCUGGACAUGCUGGGGAUCACGGCUCUGAUCAACGUCUCCUCCAACUGCCCCAACCACUUCGAGGACUCCUUCCUGUACAAGAGCAUCCCCGUGGAGGACAACCACAAAGCCGACAUCAGCUCUUGGUUCAACGAGGCGAUAGAGUUUAUCGAUUCGGUGAGGAAUAACGGGGGUCGCGUGUUCGUCCACUGCCAGGCCGGCAUAUCCCGCUCCGCCACCAUCUGCCUUGCUUACCUCAUGCGCACCAACAGAGUGAAGCUGGACGAGGCCUUCGAGUUUGUCAAGCAGCGCCGCAGCAUCAUCUCCCCAAACUUCAGCUUCAUGGGUCAGCUCCUCCAGUUCGAGUCCCAGGUCCUGGCCUCCUCCACCUGCUCCUCGGAGGCGGGAAGCCCGGCGAUCAACAAAACCGGCACCGUGUUCAACUUUCCCGUCUCGAUCCCCGUGCACGCCUCAUCGGGGCAGCUCGCCUUCCGCCACAGUCCCAUCACGACCUCCCCAGGCUGCUGACGGAAGCGCCCCCAAAAACCAAACUGUGCUUGAACUCUGCAGGGAGCACUUUUAAAUAAACUGGUUCUGAUCCAUUUGUCUGUUUAUGGUGAUGCUGGUAUCACCAAACAGAACAGGUGCCGGUUCUCUGGACUCUGUGGGCCAAUCCUUUAUAGCUUGACCUGAUCAUUUCAGAGGGAGAUUUGACGACUACCAUCAGGCAGUAUUUACGUUUCACUUCCUGAAUGUGAAAGCCAUCCUUAGUAGGAAGAUGAAACAGAAGAGUAUUUUUAUUCCUUAUUUCAAUGAAGGCAACUGCUUGUGAUAAUCACAAUCAUUUUAAACUAAAACCAAGAGGGCUAGCAGUUAUCUCAGGAAUGCUUUUCUUUUUUUUUAAAGCCUCUAAAGUGUCUUCACUUAUAAAGGAAGCAAUGCCAACCUCUUGUCCAGAGUAUGAGUAGAAAUGAAUGUAUCCUAUCCUAGAGGUAGAUGUGUCAUUGAAAUCUUCCUGUUCAGUUGCGGAGCUGAACAGGUCGACGAUUAGAGUCCAAAACUUUUGCCUUUUGUUUUGCCUUCCUGGCUAUCACUGACGAUCAUGACGUGUUGGGGAAACCGACUUUGAAAAUACCUCAUGUUUUUUGUACUGUGUACUGCUGCGCUGCGACGACCCCCCCCACAAAAAUACUUAAAUGGGGGAAAUCAGUGGGUCUGUUUGACUGUUUUCUGACAUAUUUAUUAACUAAAUUAAUAUAUUUCUUGAUAACAGCUAUUUUUUACAAAUGUUUGAGUUUUUUUAUACAUGUGAAUAAAUCUCGCUGAGUUAAUCUCAGUUA